AUGUCCCCCCAGGUGGCGUCGCCGUCCCCGCGGCGCAGCUGGAGCCCGCGCCUGACGCUGCGCAGCCACUACGACGCCGUGCGGGCGCUGGCCUUUGUCCCUUGUCACCCGGCGCUGGUGACGGCGUCCGAGGACGCCACGCUCAAGCUCUGGAACCUGCAGAAGCCGCUCGUCCCCAAGAGGAGCGCGGCGCUGGACGUGGAGCCGGUGUACGCCUUCCGCGGGCACAGGGGCCCCGUGCUGGCGGUGGCGGUGGCGCCGGGUGACACGGGAGGUGACACCGGUGACAUCGGUGGCACCGGGCUGUGCUGCAGUGCCGGGGUGGACGCUCGGAUUCGCUGCUGGCGCCUCCCGGGGCUGGACAGCGACCCCUACGACGGCUACGACCCGCGGGUGCUCCGGGGGUUCCUCGAUGGUCACUCUGACGCCGUCUGGGCGCUGGCCUUCGAUGUCACCGGGCGCCACCUGGCCUCGUGCUCGGCCGAUGGCACCGUGCGCCUCUGGGACCCCCGCGGGGACAGCGGGGACAGCAACGGUGACAAUUGUCACACCUGUCCCUCACCUGUCCCUGUUUCAGAUCACGGUGUCCCCACGUCGGUGGCCUUUGUCCCCUCCCAGCCCGCCCAGCUCGUGGCCGGGUUCCGCUCCGGUGCCACCGUCCUCUACGACCUCGAGGCCACCAAGGCCACCCUGGUGUCCCCAAACGGCGGUGGCCGUGCCCAGGUGAACCAGGUGGUCGCUCACCCCUCGCAGCCGCUGACCAUCACGGCCAGCGACGACCGCGCCAUCCGCUACCUGGACAACCGCACAGGUGAGGUCGUGCACUCCAUGGUCGCUCACCUGGACGCCGUCACCUGCCUGGCCCUGGACCCCGGCGGAGCCUUCCUGCUGUCCGGCAGUCACGACUGUUCCCUGCGCCUGUGGCACCUGUCGGAGCACACCUGUGUGCAGGAGCUCCCCGCCCAUCGCCGCAAGCACCACGAGGCCGUGCUGGCCGUGGCCUUCCACCCGCGCCGCGCCCUCAGCGCCAGCGCCGGCGCCGACGCCCUGGCCAAGGUGUUCGUCUGACACACCUGGGCACACACCUGGGCACA